AUGAACUUCUUCAGCGAAGACUUCAACAUGGCCAGCGUCCUGGAGGAACUGCAGAGGCACUACAGCGAGAGGAAACACCUGCUGAGCGAAGUUAACCACGAGGUGCUUGCCACACAGAAAAGGAGGGAAGGUCUCAGCAAGUAUGAAGCUAAUUUACUUCAGAAGCAGACCCAAAUUAUUUUGCACAUGAGGAACAGUUACCAAAAGCUCAACAAUGUCAAUUAUGUGAAGUACCAUUUACCUUACUGUGUUCAGCCGAAAACGAAUAACACAGAUAUGUGUGCAUCAAAAAAUGGACUCCAAAAAAAUGCGAAGAAGAAAAACAUUUUGCGGGAACUGAAUGUGAGGAAGAGACUCGCCGAGUAUAAGGUAGACCACUUUGUUAGGAAGUACACCGGUUAG